AUGGACGAAAUUUAUCCUUUUGUAAUUUGUGUGACAAUAUUUCAUUGCUGUGCAUACUUUUUUGAUACGUUUUUUAAGGUGUAGAGGCCGUCCAGCUGUUGCUCAUCAGUCUUGUUUGAAGCAGUGACCAAAGUUAAAGUUUCUAUCUGAGUAGAAGAGUGACUGAACGACAGAUUGUCGAAGUAAACAGGGAACGUCUCUGUUUAAGACUAUGAUGAAGGAUUACAGUCAGCCUUGGAAGUCUGAACACGCCCCAAAUGUUUCUCAAAUUCAAAAGGCCUAGGAUUGUCUUCAAGGAAACUGUGAUGAAUAACUUACAUAUACCUGGCUGCCAGAACAGACCAGUUGUGCAUUAGGCCUAAUCUGAAUUUGAAUUUAGUUUAUUGCCAUUAUCUUAAAUAAAACUUACUCACUGAAAAGCAAUGGGCAAAAGUAACUAAAACUAUAGUCAUGUAUGCAUCUGCCGUAUCUAAGACUUUUAAACAAUACUGGACUUCAAGUCAAACCUUUUCGACUCCACUGGUACACGACUGUAUUCAACAGACUGAUCCAAAAAUGGGGUUCAACAAGACCUAAGCUUCUUCUAGCCUGGUUCUCUGCUGGGACAUGGAUCGCUAUUGUUCUCAUGCCAAUAGCAGUGAUUUUGUUAACCCGCUCCAUCUACAUACUCCUAAAAGAUUUAGUCCAAGAAGAAAAGUCAGAGUUCACAAGUAUUGCCACACUUCAACCUUUGGUCCCUGGACUCAAUAUCCCAAUAUCGGACCUUGGCUACUACUUGGUGACACUCCUUGUGUGCACAGUAGUUCAUGAGAUGGGACACGCAAUAGCUGCAAUAAGGGAAGACGGUCGCGUGGGUGGAGUUGGCGUGGUGGUGUUUUUAUGUAUCCCAGUCGCCUACGUUUCAUUGGAGAAUUUGGAGCUAUUGACACCUCUGCGCCAGUUGCGUGUCUUGUGUGCUGGAGUGUGGCACAACGCUGUGCUCGCGUUGGCAGCAAUGUGUACUCUACUGGUCACUCCAUGGCUACUACUACCUCUUUAUGACUGGGGAAACGGUGUUCAGAUCCACUCAAUACAAUUGGAUUCACCAGUUUAUGGGAUGGGAGGCUUGAUGGAGAAAGAUCUAGUUACCAAAGUCAACGAGUGUGUUGUCACCGAUUCAUAUAGUUGGCAGAACUGCCUCGGUAGAGCUGUGAGGUUGGCGACACCUGGAUACUGCUUGCAAUCAGAGUUUAUUAAAGAGCACGAUGAAUCUGUUCCUGCCAAACAUCUGUCUUUGGGAGUAGUUGAGUGUUGCAACAGCAACGCACCGAGACACUUGUGCUUCGAGUACUUGGAGAUAGGAGACGAGCCGCUACAGUUGCCACAGUUCUCCUGUCUCAAUGCGCGCACUGUCGUUGAACACUCGGCUGCAGUGUGUUAUGACUCUCACGACUGUCCGGUCACGCUGCAUUGCUUCCGACCGUCGCUGGAGAAUUCUACCAAGCUGGUGACCAUCAGGACCAAGACCGACCGCACGGUGUUGUUCCUUGGACACCCAGCGGAAGUGUUCCACACUGUCAGUGUCAGUGACUACACCAAUCUCUACGCUCUAUUUCCAUCCACAAUCCCCGAGCGAAUACGUACGUUUUGUCAGUACAUUACAUCUUUUUCCAUUGGUAUGGCACUUCUGAACAUCAUUCCGUGUUUUUACUUUGACGGACAACACAUUGUCAGAUCUCUGCUGGAUAUUUAUCUGAUCAGACAUAUUGAACAUGCAAGUGUCAGACAUGCUAUGUCGCUUUGUUUUACUUUCAUCGGGACAUUUAUUUUAAGCUUGUAUUUAAUUCUGGCUUUGUGGUCGUCGUCUAUCAAGUAAAAGGCCUUAGGUGAAUUAUUUAACAGUAGCGUCCAUUUAAACUGUCUAAGACAAAGUGUGACUUAAUUAGUUAAUUUUUUUUUUUUUAAAUGCAUUACAAUUCAUAAGUAGUAAGGUAGUUUUUAAAUGUUCUUAGAACUUUUCUGGACUAUUUUAGUAAAGGUUUACAUUUACGUAGAUUUAGAAAGAUGACCAACAUUGUUACUUUUGAUAGGGGAUUUUUCCGUUUGUAGGAAUAAAUUUAGAGAACUAUUAUUAAAUUUAUAUGCUUAAGCAUAUAUGUAUACUAUUUUACCCUUGUCACAUAAAGUUCAACAAAUAAGGAGUACUUUUGUUUCAGAUAGGUUAUAGGUUUAGAUGUUUGCAAAUUCCAAUGUUAGUUUUAAUACGUUCAAUAUAUUUUUUUUUUUAUAUUCUUUUAACUUGUUUGCUUAUUGUCAACAUCCAUGAUUAUAAUAAUCUGCCUAUUUAGUGCCUAAAACCAUUUUAGUACCAUAAAUUUGAUUUAAUUUGUAGUUCAA